CGCCAAGCCGGGGUCGGGGGGUCGCGUCACUGCGGAGAUAACCGGUGUCCUACGCUUCGGCCGGGAAGUCCUGGGCGCCGCGUCGUGGGGACCGACGGGCUGUGCGCGACCCGGGCUGGCUCCGGGCGGUGGCGGGCGCGGCGGCUGUGACAGCUUGUUGAGGAAGUGACCGGGGCACUACCUUCUAGAAGUAAUGCCCACAGAAAGCGGAAGUUGUUCGACCUCUCGCCAAGCAAAACAAAAACGCAAGUCACACAGCCUUUCCAUACGAAGAACCAACAGCUCGGAGCAGGAGCGGACGGGGCUGCCAAGAGACAUGUUAGAAGGACAAGAUUCCAAACUGCCGUCCUCUGUCCGCAGUACACUUCUGGAACUCUUUGGUCAAAUAGAAAGAGAGUUUGAAAACCUUUAUAUUGAAAACUUAGAAUUACGUAGAGAAAUUGAUACUCUCAAUGAACGUUUAGCUGCCGAAGGACAAGCCAUUGACGGAGCAGAACUGAGUAAGGGCCAACUGAAAACCAAAGCCAGCCACAGCACCAGCCAGCUUUCUCAGAAGCUGAAGACCACGUACAAGGCUUCCACCAGCAAGAUCGUCUCCAGCUUCAAGACCACCACCUCGAGGGCCGUCUGCCAGCUGGUGAAGGAGUACAUCGGCCACAGGGACGGCAUCUGGGACGUCAGCGUCGCCAGGACACAGCCGGUGGUGCUGGGCACUGCAUCGGCAGACCACACGGCCCUGCUGUGGAGCAUCGAGACGGGGCGGAGCCUGGUCAAGUACACGGGCCACGUGGGUUCAGCUUCCGGGGACCAGACCGCGCACAUCUGGAGAUACGCGGUGCAGCUGCCGACGCCCCAGCCUGUGGCCGACACUAGCGUCUCCGGAGAAGAGGAGGUGGAGUGCUCCGAUAAAGACGAGCCCGACCUCGACGGAGACGCGUCCAGUGACUGCCCCACCAUCCGCGUCCCGCUGACGUCCCUCAAGAGCCACCAGGGCGUGGUCAUCGCCGCUGACUGGCUGGUGGGAGGGAAGCAGGCCGUGACCGCCUCCUGGGACCGAACGGCGAACCUGUACGACGUGGAGACGUCGGAGCUGGUCCACUCCCUGACAGGGCACGACCAGGAGCUGACGCACUGCUGCACGCACCCCACCCAGCGGCUCGUGGUCACCUCCUCUCGCGACACGACUUUCCGCCUGUGGGAUUUCAGGGACCCUUCCAUCCACUCCGUGAACGUUUUCCAGGGACACACAGACACCGUGACCUCUGCCGUGUUCACCGUGGGAGACAACGUGGUUUCCGGCAGUGACGACCGCACGGUGAAGGUCUGGGACCUGAAGAACAUGAGGUCCCCCAUCGCGACCAUCCGCACGGACUCCGCCAUCAAUAGGAUCAACGUAUGUGUUGGCCAGAAGAUCAUAGCCCUGCCCCACGACAACCGGCAGGUGAGAUUGUUCGACAUGUCGGGAGUGCGACUGGCACGGCUUCCGCGGAGCAGCCGGCAGGGCCACCGAAGGAUGGUGUGCUGCUCAGCGUGGAGCGAAGACCACCCCAUCUGCAACCUGUUCACCUGCGGGUUUGACCGGCAAGCCAUCGGCUGGAACAUCAACAUCCCCGCGUUGUUACAGGAAAAAUAAGGCCACGGCGUCCCCUGGUGUGGUGGUUUGCCGUGGACCUUUGACCGGUGCAGACUUCCUGCACGUUAGUCAGCCAUUCUGUGCGAGUCUGACCCUGGGGAGGGUGCUUCGUCCCUGUGUUUCCACAGCGUGCCCGGCUUGCAUGCCAUGUAAGAGAAACGUGUGCCCAUGUGUUUUAGUUCUGUCUUGUGUGUGUGUUGGCAUCCUCUGGUCAGCGCAGGUGAAGCUCACCCUCCACGCAGCCCGUGAAGUGCUUGCGCGUUGCCGACUUCUGACAGGCGAACGGUGGGGCAUUACGCUCGUGGAAUUAAAUGUGAACCUGUGUAUUGUUUUGAGGCACAAGCGUCUGUUGCGUUUUCUGGAAUAAUCAUGCACGUCUACCUUGUACCGGGGAGGCCGCGGAGCUGCGUUCGCGCUGCCUGGCGACAGGAGUGAGCCAAGACGUCGCGUUUACCUCGGAAGUUUUAGCGUGUGCUGUCGAUUCAACUUCAACUCUCAUUUCUGUUACAGUUCUGUAAAAAUAAUCUGGGUUUUAAAAGG